CAAUUUUCAUACCAAAUGGAUAUGGUUUUUGGUGUAUUUCAGUAUUAUAUUUCAUUAUUUGUCCAUCUAGCCAGUCUCGUAGCCGACUCUGUCAAAACUCUCAACCUCCGUUUCUAAGGCUUCUCAGGAAUUGGUUCCAUACAAAGUGAUAAUGUCAGAAAAUCACUCAACGGAAUGCAAAGAUGGUAGUGUAGAAGUCAAAGUGUCGGAACAUUGCAAAAUAAAAACUGAAGAUGUUACUGAAGAAGUCAAAAUUUCAGAAGAUUACAUUGUGGAUAGCGAAAAUGAUGCUGAAAAAGAAACCAAGACUCGCAAAAGGAGGUUAAGUACAAUUACGGAGGAGGGUCAUAUUCAGAAUCCUGAAAAACGUUAUAAAAAAAUGAUAUUGUCCUUGAAAAAGCCGUCAUACCUUCUAAGGUGUGGCCUUGGUGCAAAGAAUGUGCGACGGGAAAAUCGCAAUAGGUUGCGUUAUCUGUUGUGCAAGCUUGUGAAACUGGGCAAUUGGACUCAUGCGUGUGGAGUGCUCAGUGUGUUGUUGAAAGGGACAAGCAAAGAAAAAUGUCCUCUGGCGAAUCGUCUCAAGUAUAUGGUUUCAAUGGAGCUGUUUAAUCAUGUUGAAAGUGAACGCAUAAACCCAAUAAGGAUCAAGAAUGUCUAUGACAUUUGGAUGAAAAGAAUCGCCUCCGCUAAAGAUUCACCAUUGGAGGAUAAAUUUGUGGUUCAUUUGGAGUUCAUCCUUUUCUGUCUUACACGAGGUGAUGUUGAUGAAGCACAUCAGGCUUCUAUGGGCCUCAUGCAAGAGCGGGAAUUUGGAAGCCAACCAAUGGCAAACAUGGUCAUGGCAUUGACAUUCUGUCAACGCUGGUAUUCCAGUAUCCCUAGAGAUAUGCAAUGGGAUGAUUCUGAUCAGAUGCAUUCCCCUGGACAACCUGAUUUUUCAGGAUCAAGAUUAAACCACGAAGUUGAAAACUCGGGAGCUCCAGAUACAGUUUAUAGUUACAAGGCUGAUACUCACUUCAGAUGUGAUUCAGAAACCUCUGUCAUGAUUGGUAAAAAAAUGUCUCUGGAGAAUGAUAGUGAGGUGCACAGAGAGGUUCCUGUAGAGGACAAUGUUAGUUUGCAGAGAGGAAAUCUCUCACAACCCAUUCAGCCACAAGCAUUUUUUAUCAACUCUACUGAAACUGAAGACUCUUCCCCGAUGAAAGAUGCUGUUCCUGUGAACUAUGUUUCAGUUUUUGUUGCUCUUGAGGGUUUAGAUUCAUGGUUAUUGCCUGUACGAUUACCGAACUCCAGUGAGGAUUAUGAGAUUGCCAUCAGAAAGUAUAGAAAAUUGCUUAAUGAUGACUACAAGAAUGCAAUUAAGUACCUGCGGUUUGCUCUUUACUCAACACCUGCAGUAUCAGCCGCCUUACUUCCUCUCAUACAGUUGUUGCUGAUUGGAGGGCAUGUUGAUGAGGCCUUGAUUGAGCUUGAAAAGUUCUGUAGUAAUUCACCGACAGCACUUCCUGUUAGAUUGAGGGCUAGUAUUUUGGAGUGUUUCGAUCGUAACAACUAUAUCAUGCUUUCAACCUGUUUUGAGGAUAUCUUGAGGAAGGAUCCAACAUGUAGUCACUCAUUGGCAAGACUUAUCAGGAUGCAUCAAACUGGGAACUACUCUGUGGAAUCACUUUUGGAAAUGAUAGCUUUGCACUUAGAUGCUACAUAUGCAGAUAGCAAUAUAUGGAGAGAGUUUGCUUCAUGCUUCCUUAAGCUUUCUCAGUAUGAUGAGGAUCGAAUGUCAGUAUGUCCUGAUGCGAAUGAAGGGGGGAAAAAGCAAAGCUUCUCAGUUCGUUAUAGUAGGGUUCCAGAUAUAUUGACUAAGGGUAAAUCAGGAAAAGCUUGGAUGUUCCGCUGCAAAUGGUGGUUGUGCCGUCACUUCAGCCAGAACAUGCUUACAUCAGAAAUCGCUGCAGGUGAUUUGCAGUUGCUUACUUACAAAGCUUCAUGUGCUAGCCAUAUGUAUGGACAAAAGUUGAAUUAUGUUGUGAAGGUAUACGCAUAUUUAGAGAAGGCAAAUGAUAGAGAUUUGUUCAUGUUCUUGCAAACGCACAUCCAUAAUGCCAUCAGCCUUACUUCAAAUUAUAAAUAAAUCAAUUCUCUUUUAUUAACUAACCCUUGCUUCCUUACAAAAUUUUCCAUUGAAACACACCGUGGCACCAUCAAACCUUGUAAAUUGAGAAUUGAUUUGAUAAAAGAGCCUAAAUUGUUGAGAUAAUUUUAUUAUAUCGGUGUUAAAAUCAGAGCUGGUUUAAUCUGGGUCAUGAUAUCAGAUUGA